UCCCAGUCCCAGCCACAGGCCCCGACUCGAGCCCGCCCGAACCCAGACAACACCACCCGCAGUCCAAAACUCGAGAGCGACCGGAACCCACCACCACUCUCUCGCCCGGACCACGCGCCGCACCAAACCCGCACAGCCCAUCGGCGACCUCGCCGGAGAAGAGAGAAGAAGGUGAGAGAUGGAAGCGGCGGCGGCGGCGGCCGGCGUGCAGCUGGGCUCCUCGAAGCCGCAGAUCGCGACCCAGGCGGAGAUGGCGGAGGCGCGCCUGCCGAUCCCCUACCGCGACCAGUGCGCCCACCUCCUCAUCCCGCUCAAUAAGUGCCGCGUCUCCGAGUUCUACCUCCCCUGGAAGUGCGAGCCCGAGCGCCACUCCUACGAGAAGUGCCAGUACGAGCUCGUCAUGGAGCGGAUGCUCCAGAUGCAGAAGAUCCGCGAGGCGCAGGGGGGCGCCAAGGUCAAGGGCAGCGUCACCAUCGGCGUGCCCCUCGCCCCUUCCACCGCCAAGCUCGCCUGAUCCGUCAGAUUCAGGAUGGGUUGGUCACUAGAGCUCGAAGGGCGCUAUGCUUGCAAGGAUCAUGAAUGUUGUUCUUGUAUGAACAAAACAUCUGUUUGAAUUAACUCCUGUCUUGUUCCCCUCCUUCCUUUUUCUUUUUCGGUGCGAGCACCUACCGGUUUUUUAAAGUUUGAUGAUGGAAUAAGGGACUAGAUGUCUAUACUCGAUGAGCGAAAUGACACCUUGAAGUUUUGAAAUGCA